AUGCACGCAGCGGCCAGCGCCCUGCGAUCUCGGCUCUCCUCACGAACAGAGAAGCAGGUGCAAGAGAUUUUGUCCUCAGACGUGAGGGUAAAAGUCUUGGCCUGUGUGGUGAGGUCAGGUCUAUUCUCCAGCUGCCACCGGGGCCGUGAGGAGGUGCACUUGGGCAGCGAGGAUGUGGAGCGCCAGCAUCAGCUGGAGCACGACGUCAUGAUCUCGCAGGGCCUCACGCAGUUUGCCAAGGACUUUGUCAGGUCUGUAAGUGCCCAUUUGGAUUUGGUGGACCACUUGUUGGCCGUGCUGAGAGCCAUGGAACCCAUGGACUUCGAGGCCUCGGCGUUGACGGCGCAAGUCUGGGCCUUGGCGAGUGGGGUGAAGGCCACAGCACCCCGGGUGGCCACCGAGAUGAAGAAACACUUGGGACGCCUUCAGGAGCUCCGCUCCUCGACGACGAAGGUGAAUGCACUCUUCGAGCGAAAGAGGUUGGCCCUCCAAGAGAGGACGCACUACGCCGUGAAGGUGGACACCCUCCGGAGGGAGUUCCAGGACCGAGAAGAGCAACGGAAAGGGAACUCCAAAGAGCAACUUCACCGACUGUCACGGAACCAGGAGAAGUUGGCCUACGCCGAAUCGGAGCUCCAAGAGAUCUCCCGACAGGUGACGAAGACCCUUGAGGAGCGGCUUCGGCAGAAUCGACACGAGCUGAAGAGCUCCUUAGAGGGCCUCGCGCAGAGCGCCUGCUGCGGUUGGCUCAUCUCCACGGGCGCUGUGGCCUGCAGGGCACUGCAACUCGCAGCCGAGGCUCAGGAGAAUUCGACAUCCAAAGAAGAUGCGAGCUCCACGCCCGCCACGCGUGGAGUUUUGGUGCUCCCUCCAGCGGUGGAGGAUGAUUUGGAAGUGCCGGAGCGCUUUGAGCCCAAAGAGGCUUUCAAGGAGCGGGAGCCGCCAGGGGCCGAGGACGAACUGAGGAGCGUCCUCACAGGACCCGAAGAUUUGGGAGCGAAGGUCGAAUUCGACGUGGAAGGUGCGAGCGGAAGGUGCGAGGGCACCGCGAAGCGCUGCGUGCUGCCGAGCCUCAGCGAACUGACGUCGCGCCGAGAAGAAAACGCCACGGCGUCCGAGACGACCACGGCGGCUCCGAAGGCUUCCGCGCCGCGGAGUGGCGAGUUCUUAGAACGGGUCCCUGAAGAGGAAGUGAGACUGCAGCUUCCACAUCCCUUUGCUUGCGAUCCGUUUGAGCACGUGAUCGCCAUUAGCCUGGAGGACGACCGAGGCAAACCUGGGAGAGAAGCGCUGGUUGCGGAGUUCGAGAAGGCUGGCAUCCAGAACUACUACUUCUUCCCGGCCGUGGACACCGAACAGGAUGAGCAGCUGAAGCGCGAACUGAAGCUGCAAGAUGGCUUAUGCGAUCAGAUCGCGCGGUGCCACAGCACCUUGGGUCGUGCCCUAAGUCAUCGACGUGUUCACGAGAAGAUCGUCUACGAGGGUUGGACCUGCGCCAUGAUCUUUGAAGAUCACGCAAAGCUGGCCAAGAACUUCAGCGCCCGACUGGCUGAAGUGGCGAGGGAUAGCUUCCCCGGCUUCGACGUGAUCCAGCUGGGCCGCUGCGAGCGGCCGAAUUCCCGGACGACGCCGCCCGCGGAUCAAAGCAGCGUCCCCAUCCUGUCCAGCGGCUGGCCAGGAAAGUGUUUGCACGCCUAUGUGGCGAGCAUCCAUGGUGCCGUCCUCCUGAGCCAGGCCAAUCGGCCCCUCACGGUGCCGCCCGAGGCGUUGUUGUCCCAUCAUCCUGAUCCGAAGCGUGCCCGGCCUCAUGUGGAUCGAGCACCCACUCAUCAAUCUGCCAGCUAUUGGUACACCGAACCAGCGCUGGCUUGGCAAAGCGUCUGA